AUGAUCCGCUCCAUGACUUCUACCAGCUACGAUGUGGUGGAGGACGAUGACUAUGACGCCGAUCCUUCCCCCGAAGAGCGAUCCAAUAGCCUCCGUAUUCCACCACUCAAUACGACUGUCGCGCGACAUUCUCCUCCCGAGCCCCCGAUCCAUAGCGCAUGCAGCGAGGCUUCCGUACCUCUCAGUCACCCUACUCCGGAUUUGCAGUCGAUACAAGGAGCCUACAAAGGAAAUGUAACGCGGUUGGAACAAAGCGCGGAGCAGCUGAGCUCGUGCUCGGCGGACAUUGAAAGCGAAAUCCGUCGCAUCGACCAAGAACAAAAGCGACGCUCAGUCAGUUCCGCGUCUAAUUCAAUCAUUCACCGGAAUGGUGCAUUCUCCCCGGCAGGGACAGUUUCCUCCGCCCACGGAUCGAAUAUGUCCCCCGCGCGCCAGCGCUCCGUAUCAGGGGCACGCCUCGCUCAGCUCUCCGAGCCUGCACUCGAUGAGCGUGAGCAUGAAGUGGAUGAAUUUCCCGGGCUCCCUAAUCUACCACCGCCACAACCUCUUUUCAAUACCCAGAGCGAUUACCACUACGAUCAAUAUGUUCCGCAAGGAGUUCCCGCAGAGGCGGAGUUGGAGCGCCGGGCCUCGGUCGCAUCGAACGAUACCUACCAGCAGGCACGGACAUUAUUCACCGACUUUGAUGGCGUCCAUUUCACACACUUAGAACCGGGUCGCCAGGUACCUUUGGAGCAGCCGCCGCUCGCCCGCAAGCCGGAACAUUACAAACAGCCGCAAGCAGGAGAGAAUAUGGUGUUUUAUCCUGCCCCUGUCCCACGCAUGUUGAAUCUGCCGCCGAAGUUGUCGCGCAAAUCAAACAUAGACCGGGAUAAACGUCGGACACAGCUCGCAGGCGCCAUCGCCGCUGAGGAUAGAAAGUCAACCGCUGUGCUAGCUGACGCUGAUCAGCCAGAUCCACGCGAUAGCAAUAACGAUAAACGCAAAUCGGCAAUACCACCACAUCUCCGUGCGAGUGUGUUCUUUGAUCAACCAAGUACAUCACUCCAGAUCGAGGUUAAACAAGAGUCUGCCGUUGCUACGCUGGAGAGCAUUUUGGACGCCUCUGCGAAUGCACCCGUUUCGGCUUUCACUGAUCACCCUUAUGCUGGUCAGGUUGGCGGGUUCAUCUACAAAUCAAAACGCAAGACCCUGACAAAGGAUCUGACAGGGCAAAAGGCAAAUCGUAUUUCGCGAGCCACGAUUGGCCAGCCUUAUAGCACUAAUAAUGUAGACGAGGACGGGGGCCCCGUCACUUCGCGACGUGGGUCGGAAGCCGGGAAUGACACGGAUAGAGAUCAUGAUGAGCAUGGUCGUGAGCGUGGGUCGGAAGGCACUGAUGCCGAAAGUGAUGAGCAAUCUGAAGACGAAGACGAAGAGGACGAGGAAGACGGGGAAUUGGAUUAUGUUGGUCCACCGAAUACGCUCAUCGCCGAAUUGGAGUUGCGGAAGCAUGAGUUGAAGCACCGACGCCGGACGGCUGUGCCUGUGCCUUUCCAAGGUAUGCAGACCACUCUGCUAGAAAUGGAUGAGAUGGUCCAAAAACAAAGUGAUAAACGGCGGCAACGUCCUGUGGCUUUGGCCUGGGAAGGCCGGGACGAAGACGAAGACGUUCCCCUGGCUAUGUUGUACCCCGAGAAAGCCGGUGCCGAAAAUGAUGAUCGACCUUUGGGCCGGAGCAACGGCCUGCUACAGUGUAUGCAGCAGAGCCCCCCGGCGCAUGUUCCUGAGCCGGCCGCCGAGAGUGAGGAAGAGACAGAGACAGAGACCCUUGCCGAGAGACUCCAACGGUUGAAGGGACAUAAUCGCUCGGAGAGCAAAUUCGCCAGCGACUUGAUGGCCGAAAUUGAUAGCCGGGCUGGAAUUGCGCCCAAAGCCGCCCAAGAAGUCCCGGCCGCCGACGAGGAAGAGACACUCGCACAACGACGCAGUCGCCUUCAGAAAGAGGCCGCUGCCCAACCCGGCUCCCCAAAGAACCCGCGAAUGCGCCGCAGCAUGGCCGCGCUUACACAGGGUCGUCCUUCCCACCUUGCUCGCCAGUCGUCGCAUGAUGUUUUCAAUCAGCGGCCUGUCACCAUGUCCCAGUAUGGGAACCGGAUGUCUAUGCAACAAUUCCCAACACAAAUGGGAUACCCGACACCUGCAGGAUACCCGAUGGCACGGCAAUAUGGGUAUCCUAUGAGCCCUGCGAUGAUGGGCACGAAUGGCGUGGGCUAUGCUCCAAGUAUGGCCCAAACCCCUGGGCCGGUCAAAACCGACGUGAUCGACCGCUGGAGGCAAAGCAUUCGUUGA